AUGGCCUCUUUCGCCAUGGUCUUUCCCUCUAAGAAAGAGGACGAAAGCGGCCUGAGCUCAUACUAUAACAACAAAACGACGAUCAUCCAGGAAGCACGCGUGUUCAAUGAAUCUCCAGUCAGUCCUAGGAAGUGCAGGGCACUCCUCACGCGGAUCGUAUAUUUGCUCUAUGUCGGGGAGACGUUUGGAACACAGGAGGCUACGACACUGUUCUUUGGGACAACAAAACUGUUCCAGAAUAAAGAUAGCGCUCUGCGUCAGGCUGUAUAUCUGGCCAUCAAGGAGCUCGCAGCAUCGGCGGAGGAUGUGAUCAUGGUUACGGCCAGUAUAAUGAAAGACAUACAACCCAACUCAGAGGUCAUUUACCGACCAAAUGCCAUCCGCGCUCUCUGCAAAAUUAUUGAUCCGUCCAUGGCGCAAGGUGUUGAACGGUUCUUCAAGGCGGCUAUUGUGGACAAGAACCCGGCCAUUGCGUCCGCUGCCCUCGUGUCUGCUUACCACCUCUUCCCGAAUGCUAAGGAAGUUGUUAGACGAUGGGUGAACGAGGUUCAGGAGGCCGUCAGCGCCAAAUCUUCUUCGUCUUUCUUUGGCUCCGGCAGCAGCGGCGGAUACCUCGGCUUUGGAGGAGGCUCGCAGCCUAGUGGACCCCAGACAAUCCCAUCGACGAGCUUCAUCGCUCAGUACCAUGCUCUCGGACUGCUUUACCUUAUGCGCCAGCAAGAUAGGAUGGCGAUCACUAAGAUGAUCCAGCAACUGGGUGGAGGAAAGUCUGGUGCUGGCACGACAUUGAAAAACCCGAUGGCUCUCUGCAUGCUUAUUCGAUAUGCUGCCAAAGUUAUUGAGGACGAUCCAAAUGUGCAAAGACAGAUGCUGGAACUUCUGGAAGGCUGGUUGCGUCAUAAGAGUGACAUGGUGAACUUUGAGGCUGCGCGAGCUAUUUGCGAGAUGAAGAAUGUUCAGCCGGCGCAGUUGACGAAACCUAUUGCUGUGCUCCAGGUUUUCCUUACUACUCCUAAACCUGUUCUCAAGUUCGCUGCUGCUCGCACCCUCGCUGCUCUCGCCGUAUCACAUCCUGCCAGUGUCGCAACAUGUAACAUUGAUCUCGAGACCCUCAUCGCCGAUCCUAACCGCAGCGUUGCCACAUACGCGAUUACCACCCUGCUCAAGACUGGCAAUGAAGCCUCUGUUGACAGACUCAUCAAACAAAUCACUGGCUUCAUGUCUGAGAUCAGUGAUGAAUUCAAAGUCAUCAUCGUCGAUGCCAUUCGUUCACUUUGCCUCAAAUUCCCUGCCAAACACGCGUCAAUGCUCACUUUCCUAUCUAGCGUUCUUCGAGAUGAGGGUGGCUACGAUUUCAAACGAGCCGUUGUUGAGGCCAUGUUCGACAUGAUCAAGUUCAUCCCUGAAUCGAAGGAACAAGCUCUGUCGCACCUUUGUGAGUUUAUCGAAGAUUGCGAAUUUACCAAGCUUUCUGUCCGUAUUCUCCAUUUGCUCGGUGUCGAAGGACCUCAAUCACCACAACCGGCCAAGUAUAUUCGUUUCAUCUAUAACCGCGUCGUUCUGGAAAAUGCAACUGUCCGUGCUGCUGCAGUCACAAGUUUGGCUAAAUUCGGAGUCAACUCGGCAGAGCCUACUCUCAAAAAGAGUAUCACAGUCCUUCUUAACCGCUGCCUCGACGAUGUGGACGAUGAAGUUCGCGAUCGCGCGGCUUUGUACUUGAAGGUCUUCAAGGUGAAGUCUUUGGAAGAGACCUAUGUCAAAGAAGAAUCAGUCUUUUCGUUAUCCGCUCUCGAAUCCAAGUUGGCGGCAUAUGUGAAGGACCCAUCAGCGGCGGCGCAACCCUUUGACGCCUCAUCGAUACCUAAAAUCAGUCGUGCUCAGGCUGCCCAGGAAGUCGCCCGCCCAAGCACUCUCGAUACCAUCGGUGCACCUGUGUCUAAAGUUGCCGAAGCCCCUGCUGCACCCUCAGCAGCUGAGAAGCAAUCAACUUAUGCUCAGGAACUUGCUGCUAUUCCCGAGUUCGCUGCCUAUGGACCGGUUAUCAACAGUAGUGCCACUCCUUCACAGCUUACUGAAAGCGAGACUGAAUACCAGGUCAACUGCGUCAAACAUAUUUUCAAAGAGCAUGUUGUCUUCCAGUUCAAUCUUUCCAACACCAUUCCCGACACUGUUUUGGAACAAGUUUCGGUCAUCAUGCAACCUCAGUCUGAUGACACCGGCCUUGUAGAAGACUUUAUCAUUCCUUUGCCUGCUCUGUCCUCCACAAACUCGCCAGGGGUCGUGUUUGUCUCCUUCACUCGGGAAAAUCCUGAUGUAUAUGCCAUUGCUUCAUUCAAAUGUACUCUCAAGUACAUUAGCAAAGAGCUCGAUCCUUCUACGGGCGUUCCUGAAGAAGAUGGAUACCCAGAUGAAUAUGAGGUUGAAGAUGUAGAGCUCAGCGCCGGCGGUGACUACAUUGUGCCUAGCUACUCGAGCUUCAGCUCAGAAUGGGAACGUUUGAAGUCGGCACCCAAUGCUACGGAAACAUUUGCACUAUCUGCAAUGGAGAGUCUCAAAGCUGCUUGCGACUCUAUCAUCGAGGUGCUAAACAUGGAACCUUUGGGAGGGACGGAGAAUCCUUCAUCGACUUCGGUGCACACUCUCCAAUUGUCUGGCCUGGUAACAGGUGGUGGCGGAAAAGUCCUUGUACGUUGUCGGAUGACAUUCUCGAGGGGUGAGGGCGUCACACUGGAGUUGGGUGUUCGUGCGGAGAAGCAGGAAGUCUGCGACCUUGUCCUGGCUGCUGUGGGUGGUUGA